AUGAACCAGAAGACAACCCUGGUGCUCCUCACUCUGGCGGUCAUCACCAUCUUCGCCUUGGUGUGUGUCUUGCUGGCUGGCAGAGGAGGACAUGGGGGUGAGCCCAGCCUGCCUCCCCGCUGUCCCUCCGUAUCUCCCAGUGCCCAGCCCUGGACACAUUCUGACCAGAGCCAGCUGUUUGCAGACCUGAGCCCAGAAGAGCUGACGGCUGUGAUGAGCUUUCUGACCCAGAAGCUGGGGCCAGGCCUGGUGGAUGCAGCCCAGGCCCUCCCAUCAGACACCUGUGUCUUCUCCGUGGAGCUGCAGCUGCCCCCCAAGGCUGCAGCCCUGGCUCACCUGGACGGGGGGAGCCCCCCGCCCACCCGGGAGGCACUGGCCAUCAUCUUCUUUGGCGGACAGCCCCAGCCCAACGUGAGUGAGCUGGUGGUGGGACCACUGCCCCACCCCACCUACCUGCGGGAUGUGACUGUGGAGCGCCAUGGGGGCCCCCUGCCCUAUCACCGACGCCCCGUGCUCCUCCGAGAGUACCUGGACAUAGACCAGAUGAUCUUCGACAGAGAGCUGCCCCAGGCUGCCGGUCUCCUCCACCACUGCUGCUUCUACAAGCCCCAAGAAAGGAACCUCGUCACGAUAACCUCAGCCCCCCGGGGUCUGCAAUCAGGGGACCGGGCCACCUGGUUUGGCCUCUACUACAACGUCUCAGGGGCUGGGUUCUUCCUGCACCCCGUGGGGCUGGAGCUGCUGGUAGACCACAAGGCUCUGGACCCUGCCCGCUGGACCAUCCAGAAGGUGUUCUUUCAAGGCCGCUACUAUAAGAGUCUGGCUCAGCUGGAGGACCAGUUUGAAGCGGGCCUGGUGAACGUGGUGGUGGUCCCGGACAGUGGCACAGGUGGGUCCUGGUCCCUGAAGUCCCAGGUGCCCCCGGGCCCGGCUCCCCCUCUGCAGUUCCAUGCCGAGGGCCCCCGCUUCAGUGUGCGGGGGAGUCGAGUGGCCUCCUCCCUGUGGACUUUCUCCUUUGGGCUGGGAGCGUUCAGUGGCCCGAGGAUCUUUGACGUCCGCUUCCAGGGAGAACGGCUGGCUUAUGAGAUCAGCCUCCAAGAGGCCAUGGCCAUCUAUGGCGGAAACUCCCCCAUGGCAAUGGUGACCCGCUACAUUGAUGGCAGCUUUGGCAUGGGCAAGUACACCACGCCCCUGACCCGUGGGGUCGACUGCCCCUACCUGGCCACCUACGUGGACUGGCACUUCCUCUUGGAGUCCCAAGCCCCCAAGACGAUACGAGAUGCCUUUUGUGUGUUUGAACAGAACCAGGGUCUCCCCCUGAGGCGACACCACUCAGAUUUCUACUCCCAUUAUUUUGGGGGCCUUGCAGAGACAGUGCUGGUCUUCAGAUCUGUGUCUACCUUGCUCAACUAUGACUAUGUGUGGGAUAUGAUCUUCUACGCCAACGGGGCCAUGGAAGUCAAAUUGCACGCCACGGGCUACAUCAGCUCAGCAUUCCUCUUCGGUGCUGCCCGAAGCUACGGGAACCAGGUCGGGGAGCACACGCUGGGCACCAUCCACACCCACAGCGCCCACUACAAGGUGGAUCUGGAUGUAGGAGGACAGAAGAAUUGGGUCUGGGCCGAGGACAUGGUCUUUACCCCCAUGACUGUACCCUGGAGUCCUGAGCACCAGAUGCAGAGGCUGCAGGUGACCCGGAAGCUGCUAGAGACGGAGGAGCAGGCCACCUUCCCCCUGGGAAAGGCCACCCCUCGCUACCUGUACCUGGCCAGCAACCACAGCAACAAGUGGGGUCACCCUCGGGGCUACCGCAUCCAGGUGCUGAGUUUUGCUGGCGAGCCGCUGCCCCAGAACAGCUCCAUGGAGAGAGCCUUCAGCUGGGGGAGGUACCAGCUGGCUGUGACCCAGCGGAAGGAGGAAGAGCCCAGCAGCACCAGCAUCUACAAUCAGAAUGAUCCUUGGACCCCCACCGUGGACUUUUCUGACUUCAUCAAUAACGAGACCAUUGUUGGAGAGGACUUGGUGGCCUGGGUGACAGCUGGUUUCCUGCACAUCCCACACGCAGAGGACAUUCCCAACACGGUGACUGUGGGGAAUGGUGUGGGCUUCCUCCUCCGACCCUACAACUUCUUUGAUGGGGACCCGUCCUUUGAUUCUGCGGACUCCAUCUAUUUCCGGGAGGACCAGGAUGCUGGGUCCUGUGAGGUCAACCCCUUGGCUUGCCUCCCCAAGGCUGCUGACUGUGCCCCCGACCUCCCUGCCUUCUCUCAUGGGGGCUUCUCUCACAACUAG